AUGAAACUAUCUAGCAGGUUAUUAAAUUAUCGUGGCUUCAAUAUGUCGAGUGAGGUAAGGCGGAGACAUGCAGAGGAGCCUAUUGCAGUAUCUGUUGAACAUCUUCCUAGAUGUGUAGCUGAAAAGAGCGACAAAACAACUUUUAAGAGUAAAGGACAUACUUUGAAGGGGCCGAUUAAAGCUACAAGACAUGUAGUUCAUUCUAAGGUUGAUUUGUAUACGUUUUUGGUUACAUCGUUUGCUCUUCUUUUUAUUUCGACCGGGUAUAGUUAUAGACCUGAUUUUUAUAGGAAGUUUUUGAGCUUGCAAUAUGAGCAUAGUUCUAAUCCAGGUCACUACGAUAUUGGUACAGACGAUAUUUAUAUUGUGUUCACAGCUGUUAUAGUGCUAUGUUGGAUUAGAUCUUUUCUUUUGGAGUUCAUGUUGAAGCCGUUUGCGUAUUAUAAGUGUAAUAUCAAGUCGUAUAAAUCCCAGCAGAGGUAUGGAGAACAAGGUUGGUCUGUGAUAUAUUACUCUCUUUCGUGGAGUGUUGGGUUCUAUCUAUACUUUACUUCGCCAUAUUUCCUUGAUUGUGAUUAUAUUUAUUUAAACUGGCCGCAUGAUCAAAUGACUGGUAUUUUUAAGCUGUAUUAUUUGGUUCAGAUCUCAUCAUGGUUGCAACAGAUUGUUGUUAUAAAUGUUGAAGACAGGCGUAAAGACCACUGGCAGAUGUUUGCGCACCAUAUAAUAACUGUUGCUCUGACCACGGGAUCUUACUAUUAUUACUUCACCAGAAUUGGUCAUGUGAUUUUGAUAAUUAUGGAUAUCGUUGAUAUAUUUUUAUCCACUGCAAAAAUUUUGAAGUAUUGUGGGUUUUCAGUGCUAUGUGACUAUGUCUUUGUUGUGUUCCUGAUACUGUGGUUCGUUUUCAGACAUGUAGUUUACAAUUAUAUAUUUUAUCACACUUGGGCAAAGGCAAGAGAUCUCAUGGGUAAGGCUGGUCUUUGCGGCGUCGAUCUGUACCAAAAACGAUGCUGGACGCCUUUUAUUAUUGAUGUGUUUUUAGUGUUAUUAGGCGGCCUGCAGAUAAUCACUCUUAUUUGGUUGUUUUUAAUCAUCAAAGUUUUGAUCAAGGUUAUUAAGGGUACUGGUGCGCAGGAUGUGCGUAGCGAUGAGGAUGAUUAA